UACAGUCAUUUGACACAUCCCGACAGGGGCUCGUAGCAGAGAGCAUCUGCUGACCCAAACUCAGGCUUUUAAGGAAAGCUCGUGUGUCAGUGUCACACUGCUUUGGACAACAUGAAGGCUCUGUUAUUCACCUGUAUGCUGGUGCCGUGGCUGGUGGCUGCCUCAGCCAGGAAGUUUGACCAGGACUCACAGCUGAUACCGGGAUCUCUACCUGGCAGGGAGCUGAAUAGAUACUUCAGUGACCAUUUGAAAUUCAGGAGGGCUAGGAGGGCGCUGCCUUCUGCUGAUGAACCUGAUGACAGCCCAAUCUCGGAGGGAGGAGACGUCUCUGACCUGCCCACUUGUCUGCUGUGUGUAUGCCUGACUGGCUCAGUGUACUGUGAGGAGGUCAGUCCAGACAUGACCAGUGUUCCCACCUUGCCAAAGGAGACAGCCUAUCUGUAUGCCCGCUUCAACAAGAUCAAAAAGAUCCGCGCCAAAGACUUUGCUGACAUUGUGACUCUAAAGAGGAUUGACCUGACAGGGAACCUGAUCUCAGAGAUUGAAGAUGGGGCAUUCUCCAAGCUAACCCUGCUGGAAGAAUUGUCUCUGGCUGAGAACAAACUGGUCAAAAUACCUAUGCUCCCUACCAAGCUCACUUCCUUCAAUGCCAACAACAAUCUACUCAAAACCAAGGGUGUCAAAGCUAAUGCUUUCAAGAAACUGGCCAAGCUGGUCAACCUGUUCCUGGCUGACAACCAGCUGGAAGCCGUUCCACACAUCCCAGAGAACGUUAGGAUCUUACAUCUACAGAACAACAACAUCACUGAGAUCAACACAGACACCUUCUGUAGGUCCAAUGACACCUACUAUCUACGACCGAGCCUCAGUGAGGUCCGUAUGGAUGGCAACCCUGUGGUGCUCUCUAAGUACCCCGACAGCUUCACUUGUAUGAAGGUACUGCCUGUCGGACGGUACCGUUGAAGAGGCAGAAACUUUACUGUAGCCCCUUUGAUGCUGAUGGAGCAGUUUUCCCACAACAGAGUGCUGGGGGGAUACCGCGACUUUCUGGAUUUUGGGGCACUGGUCCCAUGGUUGGGAUAAAGGUGUCAAUGUUUUUACUUCAGUAAACCUACAAACAGCUUUUGACAUUGUCAGGUCAAAAUGAAAGUGAAGGUGUAGAAUUGAAGGCAUUUCUCUACUUAUCUAAUGGCCUUCAUCAGUUCUACUGACAGGUAGGGCAUAUCCGGCAUUUAAAACGUUUGCAGGAAGUUGUACAAGAGAGUUCUUCAGAGUCAUCAGAGUCACAUGAAUUGGUGCAAAACCAUCCAAGAUGUGUGAAGUCCUCAAUAUGCUCCAAACAAACUAUUUCCUCUGAUCAUCUGAAGUCGUUUCAACCUAAAAAGCCUCCCAUCAUAGCCUCAUCCUGGCUGCACCCAAAUCCCUUGCUCCUUACAGAGCUUGUCCAACACAGCUAAUGAUUCAGCCAUCUUAAAGGGGGCUUCAGAUGCUGUUAAAUGAUUUGAAACACUUUGUUUGAAGUAUACUGAGGCCUUGACACUGGGGCUGUAAGUGGCAGAUGGCCUAAAAGGUUUAGGCCACUUGUUCAGAAGACACCACAGGUGAAGGGCCUUCUGAGUGUCUUUUUCAUGCCAGUAGAACUUGCGUAACCCAUUGAAUGAGUGGAGAAGCGUCAGCACCUCUAAGACUACAGUCCAAUUAACGUUUCAUUUCGACCUGACGCUGUACCCGGAUUAAUGAAACUAAUCUACACAGACAGCAUGUGACAUUGAACUAACACACACCUGCAGCCAAAAACCAACAUGUUUGCUUGUAAGUAUCUGUACCUAUUAGUUUAAAAACACAAAAGGUCAAUGUUUUCACUCUAUAAAAUAACUAUUUUGUUAAAAUCAGUAACUAUAAUUGUUUUUAAAAAAAAAAAUCAAGAUAUUGCUGCAAACUUCGAAAUAUACUUACUGCUUUUCCUGACCUAAAGGAGUAUCCUUGACAAGUGUAAAAUUUAUCGUCUCAAGAUUUUACAUUACAGUAACAACGGAAUGUUUCAGAAUACUACACCAAGUAAAAUAUGUAUAAAAAACAGCUGCAGACCCACAUGUUUUUGUAGGUAGCCUUGCAAAGUUAGAUCACUGUUUUCAGCUCUCUCAACAGGCAUCCCAUCUGGACAGCCAUCACUUCAACAAAAGUAUAUGACUGAAAUGCAGAUUUUUAUUAUUUUUAUUAUCAUUAUUAUUAUUAUUAUUAGCAUUAAUGCUAUUGCAGAAUUAUUCUUUAAUUAAACAUUUUCGGACUAGAAUUGUAGUUAAAGAAAGAUUUGGCUGCCAUUAAACCUAACAAUAAUAUUCAAAGUUUACACAACCAAAUGAAAAGAUUAAAAAAUGAGGAAUAUUUGUAGGUGUUUUUGCUGAAAAACAUCCGAAUAAAAGUAUUUUUGCAGUGAAUAUUUUAUAUAAUCCUUGAGUCAGUAGGAAUAAAACAGAAAUUAAGUCAUUUCAGUCACAAAAAAGGAAUACUUGAUACCUGCAGGUUGAUUUUUUUGUCUUAAUUUUUUCAACUGAAGCUUGUCACAUGAAAAAGGUUUCUCAAAUGGCACUUAAAAGAAAGUAAGCCUGUGAGCAUUGGGGGCAUGCCUCAUUACACGAAUUGUAUGUUGCUUAGAAAUUUCUUGCAUAUCAGACUAUUGAUCCCAGCUAACUUAGAAAGCUUAUCUUUAGGCUAUCUUGAAAUGUUAGCAGGAAUAGUCUGUGAAUGCUUUUUUCAUCAAAUUAUGUCUCUGAAAAAUAACUAGAAAUAAACACAACACGCUUUGCCAUUGUGUAAAUUAAUUUGACUUUUAAUUAUAUCAUUAAAAAUAACUCUACAUAAGGGCAAUGGCUAUGUAAACAUAUCCACCUGCAGGCUUUCUUAAGUACUGUGUGAUCUAUCUUCACUUAGUUUUUUAAUUUAUAGACUCCAGUUAAAAUGAACUGGGGAACAAUGUAUCUAUGAACUAUAGUAAUGUGAAAGUUACUCUUCUAUAUUUUGUCUUCUUUUAAAAUGUCUUGCUUGUGUCCCUUACUCUUCCCUUUCAGUAAUAACUUGAGAAAUUAUUACUUUUGUGAAUAAGACAGUGGUGUACAGGAAGAUGUGUAUGUGACAUGGCUUUUUGUUUAAGAUAUUUUAAUAAA